CCCCCAAUCUGAUUAUUGAUCCGAUACUCUGGUUACCCAUGACACACAGUGAGCGUAGUCGAACUAUUCGAUGGCGUCCUGGUUAACUACCCGGAGGAAUAUCUAAGGCCUGUCCAUAUCAUCCUUAUGUACAUUUUUAGUCGAUCACACGCCAUUGAAUGCUUGUACAUGCACACUCGUUUAUUCUUGCUACGAUCAAUAAACAGAUCCCCUAUCCUUUCUUUAAAAUCAUCU